AUGGAUGUGGAAAGUUUAAACUGUUUGCUCAGCGGCGAUUAUGGGCGGAUAAAGGAAGCGCUGGUGAAAUUCAACAAACAGAACUCCCAAGUGUUUAACUUCACGCACUUUACCAGCACGGGCCAGUGGGUGCUGAUAUGGAACAAGCUGUUCGAAUAUCUGGCGGACCCGGUCAUGCCCCAUCGGGUCGAUUGUUUGAUGGCGAUUAAAGUAUUGGCCCGCGACAAAACGUAUCUAAACGAGACGGUCAGUGUGGAGCAGCUCGACGGGUUGCUGCAGCUGGCCGGCAUCGGAACGCUGGAUGGGUGUGACGCACCGGAAGAGGUACAGGUGGAAGCGCUCAAAUGUCUUAGCAAUAUGAUAUUCCAGAGCACCAAGUGUCAGGAGAUGUGUCUCAACAAUGCUUCCACCGAGGGCAUCAUAAGGCGUGUUAAGAUGUACAAGGAAGCACCGUACGGAUAUGAUAUCAAGUAUUUCGACAUGAAGCUGCUGUUUCUGCUGACAGCGAUCAAUUGUGAUAUUCGAGCCAAAGUACGCGAUCAACUGCACGGGCUGGUGUACCUGGUGGAAACGCUUGAUCUGUUCAUGAGUCAGGCAGCAAUAUUUAAGGAGUUUAGCGACAAAGAUUUAGAUCUCAUAAACGAAGUGCUGAAAGUAUUAUUCAAUCUAACGGUCCGCUCGUCGGACAAUCUCGUACCGGAAGAGGAAGAAGCGACCCAAUUCCAUCGUUUGGUAACCGUACUGCAUGAUCUGUUCUUCUAUCGCACCCUUAACCGGGACAAGAUUGUACUGCUUCACUCCAAUAUUGUCAACCUGCUCACAAGCGUACCGGUAAGCUGUUACGUUGAGCUCGUUUGCCGUUUGAACGCAAAGCAGGACACUCCACCAGCCACCGGUGACGGUAUCGAUCCACCCGCUGUCGUACCGUUCGAGGGCAACAAUGUAUACGUGCUGCACGUGUUGGUCGAAUUUCUACGCAAAAACUUCCAGAAAGCGGAAAAGAAAACGGAUCAAUACGAGAUGCUUUCACCAAUACUGACGGUGCUGAUAAAGGCGGUCCGCGCGGACGGUGUGCAUCGUCGGUAUGUGCGAUCGAUCAUUUUACCACCGUUGCGUGAUGUACGGGAUCGUCCGGAGAUCGGUAAAGAGCUAAGAAACUAUCUGUGCUCUCUGCUGACCAGUCCUUGUACACAGAUCGCUGACCUGUCGGCUGAGCUAUUGUUUGUUCUUUGUAAGGAAAAUGUUGGACGAAUGAUUAAGUACACCGGAUACGGAAAUGCGGCCGGUUUGUUCGCAAAUCGUGGACUGCUUGGUGGUCGUACCGGGAAUGGAGGUGAACAGUAUUCCUCCGACAGUGAGGACAGUGAUACGGAGGAGUACAAACAGAUACAGCAUGCCAUAAACCCGGUCAUCGGAUGCUACGAACCACCGAAACCGAACCCACUGGAAGGCAUGUCCGAGGAGCAGAAGGAGUACGAAGCGAUGGAGUUGGUCAAGCUGAUGGAUAAGCUGCAGCGUCAAGGUUUAAUACAGCCGUGUAAAAUCGGUGACGAUGGAAGACCGCAGGCCGUUGACCACAUAAUGGAGCUGCAGGAUGAGAUACCGGAACAGCAGCGAGACCACAAGCGUAAAACUUAA